UUGGCAGGAUUUAACUGGAUUCCAUGGACCUCACACCAGGGCAUUCCGCCGGCAGCGGUGUACGCCGGAAAUGACCAGGACGGUUCGCCGAUUUACGUCGGACGGGCGUACCAUGAGGGCGACCAGCUGCCAGCGAAGGUGAUUCCAUCCAAGCAGGCGGCUUAUGUCUCGCACAAUGGUAUGGAGAUAUUUAAGUCACACUUUGAGGUCCUUACGGGCACCGGAUUCACCUGGGUUGGUAGUGGAAAUGGACAUGUGCCGGCGGGUGCCGUACUGGCCGGUAGUACAACCACCGGUGAGCAGCUGUACGUUGGACGUACACAUCACGAGGGCAGCCUGACACCGGGCAAGAUCCACCGGUCCCAUGGAUGUCUUUACAUUCCGUUUAACGGUGCAGAACAAAGCUUCCUGUCCUAUGAAGUUCUCGUUGGACAGCAGCGCUCGAACUGGCAACACUGCUCGGCACAUGCACCGAUGCCCCCGAACGCAAUUCUGGCCGGACACGACUCGGACAGCUCACCCAUCUACGUGGGCCGUGCGUACCACGAGGGUGAUCAGCUCCCGGCGAAGGUGCUGCCGACCAAGCAGAUUGCGUACGUUUGCCACAAUGGACAGGAAAUUCCCAAACACUCGUUCGAAGUGCUGGUCGGCGGUAACGUGUCCUGGGUACCAUCCGGAUUCGGUAGCGUACCACCGAAUGCCGUCUUUGGCGGACGGACCACAACUGGCGAGGCGUUGUACAUUGGCCGGACGCACUAUAUGGGCAGCUUAACACCGGGCAAAAUUCAUCCAAGCCACCAGACGCUCUACAUUCCGUACGGUGGCAGUGAGAUCCCGAUCAAGAACUACGAGGUACUGAUCGAGCACUAA